UCACGGUUCAUUCGUUUCUUGCUCCGUCUUUUAUCUUUAUCGGUUCGCUGCAACAUAUAGUCUAACCUCCUCUUUUUAUCCACUUAUCUUUUCUCUUGUCAAUUUAAUAGCAGCUUGACACAAUGACCUCCGUGAGACCUCUUAACGAUGACGAAGUCUUCAACGAGAUGAAGAAGAUGGUGGCCUUCAUUAAGCAAGAAGCGCUGGAGAAGGCACGAGAAAUUAAAGUCAAGGCUGACGAAGAAUUCAACAUUGAAAAGGCUAAAAUCGUGCGCCAAGAAUCCUUGAAUAUCGAAGCUGUUUUUGAACGUAAAAUAAAGCAAGCCGAAGUUCAGAAGCGCAUCGCACAAUCCAACCACAUCAACAAGGCUCGUCUCAGAAUCCUUCAGCAGCGUCAGCAAGGUCUCGAUGAUCUUUUUGAGGAAACCAACAGCCGUAUUCACGAGAUUCAUAAGGAUGAAGAGAAAUAUGCCACCUUAUUAGAAAAUCUUUUGCUUCAGGGCGCUUAUACCCUUAUGGAACCGGAAAUGGCCGUGACAUGCCGUGAAGCCGAUGUUGACAAUGUACGAUUUGCCGCUGAAGCUGUGUCUCAAAAAUACGAGCAAACCCUCGGUCAGCCUGUAACCAUUACCGUCAACGAAGAUUACCUUCCCGCAUCCAGUGCUGGUGGUGUCAUCGUCACCGGAUUAAAUGGAAAGAUUGUCGUUGACAAUACGCUGGAAGCUCGUUUAAAUAUCGUCAAAGAAGAGAUGUUGCCUCAAGUUCGUGUCAUCUUGUUUGGCCAUUCGCCCAACCGAAAGUUCUUCAACUAGAUAUUCUCUUGCAAUAUCUGAAGACUGUUUUUCCUAUUUGAAGCAAAUAAAUAUACAAGACGUGAACUUUCGGUUCAUGGUCUUGUUUAUAUCCACAGAUGUGUUUCCUUUGACUAUUAGA